AUGGACCCGAUUCAAGAAGCGAUUGCAGAAAUCGAAUCGCAAGAACUAGGAGAUAAAUUCUCGUAUCAAGCAAUCGCGAAAAAGCAUGGUGUAGCACGAAUGACGUUGAUGAGACGACACCGCGGCGAAACUGAGGCCUAUGGCGUGCGCAACCUCUCCCUCCAUCCACAACACGAGAAGGAGCUUGUACGAUACAUCGAUACGCUUACCGAACGACCCGGUUUCAGAAAGCUGGGUUGA